AUGUCUGACGAGGAAGAUGGCCACUUAAGGCUCCAAAGAGAGCUGCCACAGGGAUGUCGACUGGAGGACUAUUUGACUGAUAUUCGUGAAGUGAUUCGCUUUAUUCGCCAUGGUCUGCCCGCAGCUGCACGACUGUUGGAAGGGGCUGUGAAAGGUGCUGUUUUGGCGGUUGAUUCAGAAUUGGAAGCUACACAGCAGGAACUGGCAAGACGAAAGGUCAGCCAAGAUGCCUUAGCAGAAGCUCACAUGGAAAUUGAGCAGCUGAGGGACGAUUUGGCUGCGACCCAGCAACAGAAUGCAGAGCUAAAGAAGCAACUCUCCAUGGCGGACGAUGUGAAGCAGACCGAGUUGAAAUUUCCAUCUUCUAUGUCUUUGUUACCCUCUCCGUCACCAAGCUUGAAAUUUCCAUCUUCUAUGUCUUUGUUACCCUCUCCGUCACCAAGCAUCCGAAGUGUGACGUCUCCAAGAAACCGCUGA